AUGGACGAACGGCGGCGGGCAAAGCGGGCAGCCAGUGGUGAUGGCAUGACUAACAAGGAGGCUGCUCUUGAGGCCCCUGCGGCCGUGCAUGCCGAACCAAAUGCAGCCACUCUGGGCCACGACUUGAGUCGAUACGACAAUGAAACCCUCGUGAAGCUCACCGAGCACCUGGACCGCCUGGCCGACCAAUCCGAGCUCGAGGCCACCAAGCUUCACUCCCUACUCGAGCAGCUCCGCCGCGAGUACGAGCCCAUGCGCCGCCGCCGCGAGGAAGCCGAGUACGUCGAGAUCAAACUAGAGCGCCGCCUAAAACACAAAAGCAGCCAUUGA